UGAUGGAAGAGAACGAGGAGAGUGAAGAACUGAGUGAAGUGGAGGAGGAACAUCAUGACAAACCUGGAGAAAAACAUUUGAGUCACUCAAAGCCUAAAAAGACAUUUGUAAAGAAAAGAAGAGCCAAGAAAUCUUUCACCUGCACUCAGUGUGUAAAGAGUUUCUCAAGGAAAUAUAAUCUUGAGCUUCACAUAAGAGUUCACACUGGAGAGAAACCGUUCACGUGUGAUCAGUGCGGGAAGAGUUUCACACAAUCAGCAAACCUUAAACAACACAUGAGAAUUCACACCGGAGAGAAGCCGCACACUUGUGUUCAAUGUGGGAAGAGUUUCACAGGAAAAACACACCUUAAGCAACACAUGAAAAUUCACAGCGGAGAGAAGCCACAUACAUGCAAUCAGUGUGGGAAGAGUUUCACACGCGAAACAAGUCUUGAGCUUCACAUGAGGAUCCACACUGGAGAAAAGCCUUUCAGCUGUGAAAAGUGCGGGAAGAGUUUCACACAAAAAAUACAUCUUAGGCAGCACGUGAGGAUCCACACUGGAGAGAAACCAUACCCAUGCGAUAAAUGUGGGAAGAGUUUCACGAAUUCAUCACACCUUAAGAGUCACAUGAGGAUCCACACCGGAGAGAAGCCGUUCAUGUGUGAUCGGUGUGAAAAGACAUUUUCAUGCAAACACAAUCUUGAUCAUCACAUGAGAGCUCAUACUGGAGUGAAGCCGUUCAUGUGCGAUCAGUGUGGAAAGAGUUUCAUGGACUCUUCAAAACAUAAAAGACACAUGAAGGUCCACACCGGAGAGAAGCCGUUCACAUGUGAUCAGUGCGGGAAUAGCUUUAAAGAAAAAAUAGACCUUAAAAAACACAUGAGGAUCCACACUGGAGAGAAGCCUUAUGCAUGUGAUCAAUGUGGGAAGAGUUUCACAGAUUCAGCGUACCUUAAGAUUCACAUGAGGAUCCACACCGGAGAGAAGCCGUUCGAGUGUGAUCAGUGUGAAAAGAGAUUCUCAAUUAAAAGUAGACUUCAACUUCACAUGAGAAUCCACACCGGAGAGAAGCCUUAUGCAUGUGAUCAAUGUGGGAAGAGAUUCCCAAUCAAAGCAAGUCUUGAGCUUCACAUGAGGAUCCACACGGGAGAGAAGCCGUUCAUGUGCGAACUGUGUGAAAAGAGAUUCUCAAUAAAAAAAAAUCUUAAACUUCACAUGAGGCUCCACACCGGAGAGAAGCCGUUCACAUGUGCCCAGUGCGGAAAAACAUUUUUCUGGGCAUCAAACUUGAAGAAACACCUGACAGUUCAUACGAAGGAGAAGCCACAUUCAUGUUCUGAGUGUGGAAAGAGUUUUUCACUGCUGCAAAGUUGAAA